AUGAAUAUUCUGACAGAAAAUGUUUCAUACAUCAUUCCUGUUGAAGAACUGGACUUAUUACAUCUUAGGAAAUAUAUGGAAAGACCAAAUGACAGACCGAUGAAGCUAUGGUCUAAUGCACAGUUGAAAGGAGAGUCUGAAUACUAUGAGGUCAAAAUUAUAUCUAAAGAAAUGAUAGAGAAUCCUGAUAUUUCCUAUUCUGAUGUCAAAGAUAAUGUAAACAACGAUGAUAGAGACAGUAUAAAAGAUAACUAUUGUAACGAUAGCGAUGAAGAUUCUAAUACUGUUACUGAAACAACGGAAUCUCUAAGUGAUAACAGCGAUGACACGCCUAAUAAGUCUGAUAAAGAUUAUGAACUUACCGGAGUUACGAAUCAUCAAAUUUAUUGUCGGUAUCACGAUAAUGAUAAAGAGACAAUGAAUAAAAACCAUAAUGACUGUGACGUAGAAAUAGUCGUUAACAACAAUAAUCAAGUCAACGAAGAUUCAAAAAAUAACGAUGACAAUUUUAUGUAUUUUUGUAAAUAUUACGAAAGAGAAUUGACUAAAUGUAUUGAAGACAAUGAAUCUAAAGACAGUGACAAUAAAAUUGAUAUUGAUCGUAAAAACUUCGAUCAAGGAAAUGAGACAAGCAGUGAUUAUUCUGAUGACGGUAUUGAUGAUUACCAGUCAUCGAAUGAAGAUCUAAAUGGCAUUAAAAAAGACAAAGUCAAAAUUGAUGAUCAAAAGUUUGAUAAAUCAUCCGUCACCCGCCGUUAUGUUUCUCUCAAACAAAGAUUUAUUGAAUUUAAAAACAAUCUAGAAAACACAUCUGCUGUUCCUUCCCUCACCUCAAACACAACACACGAACAUCAACCCGGCCACUGCAUCGUUUGCAACGAAGCAGUUCUGAUCGACUCGAAAUUUCACUUGACAAGCGAAAAUCAUAGAAAAGCUGCUUCCUCAUCAGUUAUACCAGUAGAAACAAAUUUAGUACCAGCCAGCGUAUUCUGUGCUACUUGUAAUGAACAUAUAAAAUUGACUGAAUAUUUUAAACAUCUAGACUCGAAAAGCCAUUUGAAAAUAAUCCGCGCACAAAACUUUAUAAGCAAAAGGGCUUCUGGUAUCUACACUUGUAAUUUAUGCGAAGUUGUUCUGAAUAAUAUCGCUGUAAAACAUCAUUUAGUUGAGAAAGGGCACUUGGAUAACCUAAAAGAAAUGUCUCCUGCGAAAGAAUUUUGCAAAACAUGUGGGUUUCAAGUCAAGAAGGAUGACUUGGCGCAAACGCAUAAGUGUAAACCGUUUCUAGUUGAUUCUAAUUCAGAGAAAGAUGGCCAAGAAAUUCCAAAAGACUAUCGAAUGGAUUUAAAAGAUAUUGAUGAAAAUUUAAAUCUGUGCACACGGUAUGCGCUGGCAACCCAAAGGCGUCGUUCCGAUGUAGUCCGCGAGAGCGUGCCACAAGUUGACGAAUGGCCGCCAGACAUUCGAAACGGCAACUUAUGUUAA